GCCUGGGCGGAUGAGGUCACUCUUUGUGGCGGCUGCCGUUGGCAAGAUGGCCCCGGUGUUGGCAGAGAAGAAGCUGCUGGAGCCGGACGGGCCCUUGUCUGCAGACCUCCCUAGCGAAGAGGAGGAAGGCCAGAGCCUCUGGUUCUCAAUAUUGAGUGAAGUCUCCACCCGGUCCAGGUCUAAGUUACCAUCAGGCAAAAAUAUUCUUGUCUUUGGUGAUGAUGGUUCGGGCAAAACAACCCUGCUGACCAAAAUCCAAGGAGCAGAGCAUGGCAAGAAAGGAAGAGGGUUGGAAUACCUGUACUUAAAUGUCCAUGAUGAAGACAGAGAUGAUCAGACCCGCUGUAAUGUUUGGAUUCUUGAUGGUGAUUUGUAUCACAAAGGUCUCUUGAAGUUUGCCGUCUCAGCAGAAUCAUUGCAAGACACCCUCGUAAUCUUUGUGGCAGAUAUGUCUAGGCCAUGGACUAUUCUGGAAUCCUUACAAAAAUGGGCAAGUGUCUUGCGUGAACAUAUUGAUAAACUGAAAAUCCCCCCGGAAGAAAUGAGAGACAUGGAGCAACAAUUUGUAAAGGUAUUUCAGGAAUAUGUAGAACCUGAAGAAGGUUAUCAGGGAUCCCCACAAAGAAGAGGUCCAUCUGGGCAAGAUGAAGAGAAUGUUGCUUUACCCCUUGGGGAGAAUGUGCUGACUCACAAUCUUGGGAUCCCUGUGGUGGUAGUUUGCACAAAGUGUGAUGCAAUGAGUGUGUUAGAAAAAGAGCAUGACUACAGGGAAGAACACUUCGAUUUCAUCCAGUCGCAUAUCCGUAGAUUCUGCCUGCAGUAUGGAGCAGCCUUGAUCUAUACAUCUGUUAAGGAGGAGAAGAACCUUGACUUGUUAUAUAAGUACAUUGUACAUAAAAAAUAUGGCUUUCACUUUACCACCCCUGCCUUAGUGGUAGAAAAGGAUGCAGUUUUUAUACCUGCUGGUUGGGACAAUGAAAAGAAAAUUUCAAUUCUGCAUGAGAAUUUCACAACAGUGAAACCAGAAGAUGCGUAUGAAGACUUCAUCAUAAAACCACCUGUAAGAAAGUUAGUUCAUGAUAAAGAACUUGCAGCAGAAGAUGAACAGGUCUUUUUGAUGAAGCAGCAGUCGUUCCUUGCUAAGCAGCCUGCAACCCCUACCAGAGCUUCUGAAUCUCCUGCUCGUGGGCCUUCUGGCUCCCCCCGACCGCAAGGCAGGACAGGCCCUGCUGCUGUCCCCAGUGCCUCUCCGAUAGCAUCCGUCAAGAAACCAGAUCCCGCUAUUAAAAAUAAUGCUGCAAGUGAAGGUGUGCUAGCCAGUUUCUUCAAUAGUCUCUUGAGUAAAAAGACGGGUUCUCCUGGGAGUCCUGGUGCGGGAGGAGUGCAGAGCACAGCCAAAAAAUCAGGGCAAAAAACUGUUUUGACAAAUGUUCAAGAAGAGCUGGACAGGAUGACUCGCAAGCCAGACUCGAUGGUAACGGCCAACUCCUCUCUGACAGAGAACGAAGCUUGAGAAUCCUUGAACCUCCAUAUGUAAAUGACCAAAUAGUGAUGUACAUUGACCUGAUAACACCAGGAGCUUCCUGCUGUGGCAGAUGCUAUCAGUUUUUUCUUGGGGAACUGAAAUUUAACCUUCAUUGGCUUGUCCCAGUGUCAAGUGCACAUUCAGGAAGUUUUGCAUAUAAAUUUCCUCUGUUUUAAGAUAACCAUUUUAGAGUUUAAAUAGGGCAGUUCUCUUAUUUGGUUGCAAGCAAUAGGGAGAAGCGCACAGAAGUAAGAGGUGGAGUUCCUGCUGAAAAACCACUGGCUGCUGCUGGCACGGAGGAAGUGUGAAGUCCUCUUUUUCCAAGUUAACUGGAGUUGGCCACGAAAUGCGUACUUGUGUUUGUAGAGGGUGCAACGUAGCCGAAUGUUGGUUCGAUGAUGAGUGUACAAAAUGCAGUGUUUUGAAAGGAUAAAUGCAAGAGCUGAUCAAUAGAUGCGAAAAGCACGUUGGAUGUAAAUCAGAUAAUCAUGUUGGAAAAAAUAAAUGCCUUUACAAUUGGGAAACACACUAAACAUGAACAUCAUGGGAACUCUUCCUAUGGCAUUUUUUUCAGUUCUAAUAAGAAGAUACAUAAAAUAUGGUGGGCGCUCUUUUUGUCGUAACCGACAUGGGGAGAGACUUGUUCAGACCAAGUGCCUGGCACAGUGUGAGAUGUGUCUUCUAGAAGGUGCUUGAACCUUUUGUGCACUAUUGUACAAACAGUGUCUGUUUGAUUUUUAUUUUGACUCAGUAACUUUGAUAGCAGGGUUUAAUUUUGCAUCCUUUUUUUUUUCUUGAUAAGUUUUGCUUUUUUUUUUUUAAAAUACCAACCAUCUGGCCUGUUAAGAGAAAUGAGUGACAUAUCAUUUCUCUGUAAUGAAAUAGAAUGCAAAUCUUUCUUUUGUAUCCACGAGUUAAUUGCAAAGGUCAACACUGAAUUCUGCCUUAAGGCUUUAAACCCCUAUGGUGAGUUUUGGUAGCCUCCAAAAUUCUUGUUUCAGAUUGGACUAAACAAUGGGUUGUAGGAAUUCCCAGAUGAAAUGUAGAGUUGUAUGACUUCAUUACUGUACAUUUGUGUUUUACCCCUUCAGUGUUGUCUUUUCAGUGUGGAAAUAAUUUUUACAGUUGACCCUUGUUGCUGCUCAGAUAAGUUCCCAUAGCCACUUUGAGCAAGACUCCCACAGUUAACUGAAAUGGCACUUUUGAGUUUCUGUAUGAUCUAUUUGAUGGAGAAACACUACCUUAUUUGUACCAAACUUGUUUGUAAGCAACACAUUGGAGGGAUAUACCACCAUUUGAAUUAUGCAGAGUUUACUUUUUAUUGAUAAAGGUUUGUGUGUUACGUUAAAUCAUGUUUCUGAAUAGAACGACCCUAAUAUUUAUAUAUCUAUAUAUCUAUAUAUAUUGUUAUAUAUACAAAAUGAAUUGACCACUAACACAUUACUGGAUGUAAUUGCAACCCCUGUGUUAUAGAGAGAGGCCAUUUCUCUUUGUUUUUGUAAGUCUGUCUAACACUACUUAAAAAACUAAGAGUAUUUACUUGCAUUAACAUAAAAGUAUGUUUACUUAUGUCAGUUACAUUUUUUUAACAAUACAUGUUUAAGUACAUUAUAAAACUCAGUUAUGUCCAUUGUGACCUGGAUCUUAAACUGAGAAGUUGUGAUCAGGGGAUUUGGUUUGUGUUUUGGCUGCCAUUACAAUCCAGCAUAGAUUUUACUGUUAUACUACUGUAGCCUUGUGCCAUCCCAGUAGUAAUGAUUCAAUCUGUCCUUAUAGCAGCAGCUUUAAGGAUAUACUAUUCAGUAGCUACAGGUUUGGUGCCAUGUAUACAUGUAGAGUCAGUGAGCAUAUUGGGAUGAUUGAGUUCAUGCUUGGGUCUAACAGAUGGAAUUUAACAGCAACCAAUUUUUUGAUAGGUUGGCUGCUCCCAAGAUGAUGAUGGCAGCCUGAUGAUAUCUUUGAGUUCUGGAGAAUAAAACCUUAAAAUCAAACUUUGUAGAGAGGGACACAAUAGAUUAUUUCCUAAUGUUCUAUAGCACUAGUUAGGCUUCAAAGCCCAAAUGCUCUUAUUAAAGUUUUUAUUGUGCACAGAGAUCAUUUACUUAGUAUAUAUGAAAGCUAUAGACAACAGGAUUUUUUAUUUGCCUACGAUGAAUGUUGGGUCUGUUAAAAAUGAGUAAAGGCCAAUAGCCCAUUACUUUCAAGUUGUACAAAAGAUUACUGGGACUCAAACAGAAUUUUGAAUGCCCCCACCCCAACUCUUCUACUUUGCAAGUGAAUGCUCCUAGUUUUUCAAAAGAAGGAAACUGUAAGUGAUGUAGUGUUUGUCAGUUGCCAAAGUCUAGAAACUUUGGAACUGCACAGUUGUCUUUUCUGGUGUUCUCAAGCAUUAGAACCAAAGGCCAAAAUGCAAAACAGCCUUUAUGUUUUAAAACUACAAUUAACUUUAUUUUCAGGAUUCACUUUUAUGGAAGACUGUUAGACUUACUACAUGGCUAUAUUUAUAUUGCAUAUAAUAAUUGCAUCUACUGUUCAUGUUUAAACUAAAGUAAUAAUAUAUUGGACUUGAAGAUAAGGCAAAUAUAAAUCGGUAAGGAUUGGCCUGCCAUCAAAAUUCUGUUUAUGCUGCUUGAUUUUUAAGUUUGCACUUCUAUUGGCAUUUUAAAACCUGUUUAAACUGAACAGAACUUGUAUGUAUUUAAUUUAAUUUAACUACAUUGAAAGUGACUGAACUUAACCAUACCCAUGCUGUAAAUGAAAGUUCACUCUCCUGUAUUCAGUUUAUUGAUGUUUUUAACUUUUCAAUGGAGACUGCAGAUGUAUCCAGCACAACCCUUAGUCCAGUUGUAUGGCUUUAACCAGGUGCAGUCCUGUGGAACCUUGCUUUCUAGUGCUGGCAAAAAUGAGGACAUGUCUUUAAUGGCUUCAAUAAACACCAACCAAGAUGG